AUGUCGCCAGCACAGAAACGUCAAGCGCCGGAUAUCGACAGCGUUGCCGUCAUCGGCGGCGGUCCGUGUGGCCUGGCGGCCGCCAGAUACCUUUUGGCAGAAAAGAAGUUCUCCAAGGUCAAGGUGUUUGAGCAGCAUAAUACCGUCGGCGGCGUCUGGGCUUUCACGGCGGACGCCGAUACUACUGGGCCGUGGGUGUCGCCUGUCUACGACCUCUUGGAGACCAACAUCCCGCACACCUUGAUGAACUACACAGAUCUCAACUUCCCAGAAAAUACUGCCCUGUUUCCUCACCACGAGGUUGUCAAACGCUACCUUGAGGUCUAUGCUGAGCCGCUCAGCAACGUGAUUAGCCUGUCGACUCGGGUUGUCUCGGUUCGGAAGAUUGAGAGAGAAGGUCGCGAUGUUUGGGAAGUCCAGGCACGCCUUAUCAAGUCGGAGGAACCAUCAACGUCGUAUUUCGAUGCAAUUGUGGUUGCCAACGGGCACUAUAGCGACACCUUCAUACCAUCCAUCUCCGGGCUUGAUGGCUUCGUAAAGACGUAUCCGGGGCUCGUGUCGCACUCCAAGAAAUACAGACGCCCGGAACAAUUUAAGAACAAGAAGGUGAUUGUCGUGGGAAACUCAGCAUCAGGCAUCGACAUCAGCGCGCAAAUCGCAACAACAGCCAAGCUGCCAGUCAUGGUCUCCGAAAAGGAGCGGCCAAAGCCGACCUCCGAGGAGCCGGUCCCGUCCUGGGCGAGCAUGGUGCCCGAGAUUGUCGAAUUCGUUCCGAAAGACCGCUCGGUGCGUUUCGCCAAUGGCGCGACCGAGACGCACAUCGACGCCGUCGUCUUCUGCACUGGCUAUGUUUACAGCUUUCCCUUCCUGGAGGACCUCCCCUCGCCCGUGGUGACCGACGGCGCGUGCGUCCAUAAUCUGUACCAGCACGUAUUCUACAUCAACGACCCGACCCUCGCCUUCCUGGGCAUCCCGCAGCGGAUUGUGCCGUUCCCCUUCGCCGAAGGUCAGGCAGCGUGGGUUUCGCGUGUAUGGGCUGGACGGCUUACGCUGCCGCCGUCUUCCGAGAUGAGAGACUGGGAGGCGGCGCUGGCCAAGUCAAAGGGUAGCGCGGCGGUGCACACUAUGGGUCCUCUCGAGGACGCCGAGUACAUUAACAAGAUGCACCAAUUGAGCUUGGAUUCUGAGACAGACGAGACCCUGGAGAACGGAGGGUUGGGGAAGAUCCCGCCAUUCUGGGACGAUGAGAAGAGGUGGCUGAGGUUGCAACUGCCGCUCGUCAAAGCAGCAUCCAGGAGAAUGGGCAAUAAGAGGCACAAACUCAAGGACUUGGCGGCACUGGGGUUCGUGUAUCCUGGCGUUGGCGGGCAAUCUGGCUCCUGA